GUUGAUGCUCUCUGAGUGAUGCAGUCUCUGUUCGGCGGAGGGGAGCUGGGGCUGCUGGAAGGGGGCGGCGACGCGGGCGGCCUGAAGGAGGAUGGCUGCGGCAGCGUGGCGUGGCACUCCUCCACGCUGCCCGCCGACGACGUCUACUCGGCCUCGCACUUUGCCCUCAUCACGGCCUAUCAGGACAUCAAGACGCGGCUGGCCUGCCUGGAGCGGGAGAACACCAGCAUCAAGAGGAAGCUCAAGAUCUAUGAGAUCAAGUUCCCGAUGAUCAGCGAGUUCGGGGACAACACCAACUCCUACUGCUCCUUCGAGAGCAAAGAGACGGCGCUGCUGCACUCAGAAAAUGGCAACCUGCAGCAGAGAGUCAACGUCCUGACCCAUGAGCUCCAGAAGAGGAAGGAGCGAGAGGAGCAGCUGGAGGAUGUGAUCCAGGCCUACGAGAAGAUUCACAUGGAGAAGAGCAACCUCCAGAGGGAUCUGGACAAGAUGACGAGCCUGGUGGAGAAGCACGUGGAGCGGAUCCUGGGCCUGGAGUCGGCUCUGAGGCAGAGGGACAGCUCGCUGCAGAAACUCAACAUGCAGCUGCACAGCAAAGACGUGCAGUACCUGCAGCUGCACGCGGGACCCGACGCACACAUGUUGGAUUGUCCGGCCAUGACCCUGCAGAGCUCCCGUAGCCUGGACGCUCUCUCUGAUCUGAAGCUGCAGCGGCUGGAGGCGGAGCUGGAGGGGGCGCGGCACGAGGCCCAGGGGGCGUGUCGGCGGCAGGAGGAGCUGAAGGGGGAGUGUGAGAGGCUGAAGGAGGAGAUGAGGAUGCUGCAGAACAACCACAGGGAACGGGAAAUGACUUCUCCGUGCAAGCAGUGUGAUGUGGAGUGGAUAAAGAAGGUGGGAGACGAGCAGGUGAACUUGGCUCUGGCCUACACGGAGCUGACAGAGGAGCUGGGACGCCUCCAGGCUCUGAGCUCCAAGCAGACGGAGAUCCUGAGGAAGGCCUCACAGGAGCAGGCCAGUCCAGUCCAGCGUCACUCUCCCAUCCACCACCAGCGUCACUCUCCGGUGUCUCAGCGCCACUCGCCCAUCUCACAGCGCCACUCUCCUGUCCCACCCCAACCGCACCACUCCCCGAUUCAACCGAGACGCUCCCCGUCGCUGCAGCGCCUCUCCCCGGACAUGCACCGCCGCUCCCCCCUGCUGGACGUCAACAACGGGCCGGCCUCGUACUCCUGCCGACCGCCCAGCCAGCACCUGAGGGCCAGCUUCCAAGGCCGCCGCAGUUACUCGGAGGUCGCCGACCCCUCUGCCUACCAGUGCCCGCCCCGCUUCUCUCUGGACCCCGUCUCCACCUUGCCUAAGCCUCGCCCCUACAUCGACGGCUACUCAAAACAGCAGACGCAGCACAUGGGCUCUCCUCACGGUGGACUGCAGCACAGAGGCUCGCCGUCCUCCCAUCAAGGAGGCGGAGGAGGAGACGGGGGCCACGGGGAAAGCUCCAUGCGCCACUCCAGGGAAAUGCCAUUCCCGCUCUCUGAGGUAGCCCACCUGCAUUUUGAGCCCCCUCCUCCCACACCGGCCCCCCAGCCCCCACAGUCCUCCGAAGACGAGGAGGAGUGGACCUGCCCACAUCCCAUCAGCCCACCGCGGACACUGGGCGUGCUGUCUUCUGCGGUGCCCAGUGGUGUCAUGAGAGGCCCGGCGUCCUGCUCGGCCUUCCCCAUCCCUCAGAGGUCCAACACCCUCAGCUGCCACCCGCAGCCCGGGUACUUGUCAGCGGAGCACGCUCAGUCCUGGCCUUCUAUCAAUCUCUGGAUGGAGACCGAGGAGAGCGACAUGCGGAGCUGCCCCCUCUGCCAGCUGAUAUUCCCCGUCGGUUACCCUGAUGACGCACUCAUCAAGCACAUUGACUCCCACCUGGAGAACAGCAAGAUCUGAUCGCCAUGGCAACCAGCCCGCACACAUCUGCGCUCUCCUCUUAUAGAUUAUGUAAGAGACAUGGGUAGAGCCGGACCGAUGGAAGAGAAGUCACAACCAAGAGAAUCACGGUGGCGAUGAUCCAUUUGAGGAGGGCAUGUCUGUAGGGAUGCAAAAUGUGCGCAGUUAUUUUUUGGGCAGCUCUAAAACACGAUCGUCUUUUGUGAGGAUGGGUCCUUUAUUGAAAGCUUUGCCUGUAUAAUGACCGGCUCUGGUUGCUGCUGUUUUGUUACGAGUCUUGUUGUGUGGUUUCAGGCAGUUUCAGGUGUUGUGUUGUUUUCCGCUUCACAGUGUAAGUUUUUACACUUUGAUUUAGCAAAGUAAGCCAAAGACGAGGAGCGAGAGGCAAGCGGGACGGUUCAGGGGCUCUGCAUGUCAAAGAGUUAUUUUCAGUGUUACGGUUAAUGAUCAGGGACAACUGAGGCGUGUUUCUUUCCCCCACACUGCUUUAAACACUGUACACCUGCUUGGACAAUUUUUUUAUUUUCACAAAUUACAAGAUUUUGAAGAAGGAUUCUUAUCGUCAUCUGGUGGAAGGUGGCUUCUUAAAAUAAACGGAUGGAUUUACAUUUUGUUAAACAUUUUGAUACUGAAGUUUUAGAAGAUUGACAUUAGCCCUUUUCACGCACGCACUCCUGGAAAUUUCGGGAAAGUGCCGGAACGGUCUGCCCCUGAAAUCUUCCAGAGUUGCUCUUUCACAGCGGGACAUUUUCCCUGUCAGACCCGAACGAGGGGAGGGGGUUUCAGGAGGCAGGACAUGAGGAUGACAAGGAAAUGGCAACAUAGUCCAAAGCUAACAAAAGCUGUCCAAGACUGUCCAAGCUACUGUGAAUGCACAGGAUACCCACAAGACUGGAAAGGAACAUACUGUUGACCAGAAAAGAGUAUGAAGCAGUUUCCUUACAUGCACGAGGAUUGCACUGGAUGCAUCAACCCCGACAGCUACAGAGCGGCCGGGGUUGAUCUGACAGCAAGUGAGAAAGUCCAGAUGAGAUCAGGGUGAAAAUGUUUGCCGGAUGCGUUCAAGCUCACCCCAAAAGUUGGAGGAGUUUCGUGCAGGUGUGAAAGGGGCUAGCCUGGCUGACGUCUUAUUGAUCAGGGUGUGAUGCUAAUUCACUUUCACUUCUUUGAAACAAGAAAGCAUGUUUUCAUGGUAGUUGAGAAAGAAUAAAACGUUCCAGUUUCACAUCUUAUCAUCUUUACACAAACCGACCGACAAGCUGGGGAACAUGAAUGUGAAAGUAUGUGUGGAGGAGCCUGACGGCAGUUUUACACCGGACUGAAUCAUGAUGAUGCCCUGCAGGGCGGGGCACUGAUGUUGAUACAUCUUCUUACAAGUGGAGAAAACUUUUUUUUUGCUCAGAAUAUACCUUUUGCUUGCAGCCUGUUAAAAAAAAAAAUCUAAGUAUCUUAGCACUUUAUGUUAGCAUAGCCUAUAAAAUGUAUCCGUUUUCAGUCCCCAUAUAUAUUUUCCUUGAUUAUUUACUAUUUAUAUUGUCAAUCUGUAAGGCAAAAAAAUAUGGAGAUAUAUUUUUGCAAAUGUAAACACUCAACAUGUCUCAUGUUGGUUUUUCUCCUGUGUGCUUGUACACUGAUGUAUAUAAAGGAGUUAUGGAGAUAUAAAUCCCAUCACAUGGGAUUGUUUUCUGUACAAAGACUUUAGUUUCUCUCCUGGGAUUCCACUCGGUCUUCCUAAAGAUCUGACUUUUCAAACAGUUUGAUGUCACGACUGCCCAGACCACCCAACAAAAAACAGCAACAUAAGGAUACACACAACCGGCCGCAGGAGAUGAAGAUUUCUGGACUGCUCUGAGGAGGAAGCUGCAGGCUUUAAGUGUAUUUCUAAAUUGGAGAUCUGACACCAGGAACAUAAUCUCCAGUCAGCAAAGUUAUCUCUGCAGGGUUUCAGCAAAGACAAUUCUGCUCUUUUGAUACAUGGGUUCAGUUUUUCUCAAAGUCUUAUCUCCAGAUCUGCUUGUGAAACUUUCUUUUGAAAGAAAAAACACAAAAACAAAGUUACACUGAUGUCAGCUCACUUAGGGUUUCAGUUACAUGUGCAGUUUCUAAUGUCGGGGACGUCCACACACCCAUGCAUUUACACCGGUUUGAAGUUACUGAGGAAAUGAAACGAGGUAGAUGAGAGCACACAGCGCGAUGAUUGCUACUGCAGGAUGAUGUAGGAUAUGAUGCAAGGUAUGCAUCACCUAACUUCUACCCACCUGAAGCACUCUUGAUCAAAACUCUGAGUCCAAACACUCUGCAGAGGCUUUGCUCUGGGGAUACAAGUUUCCUUUGAUAGGUCAAAACAAAGUGAGUUUUUCAGGGCGUCAAGACGGUAUAUUAUGAAGGGAUAACUCUGGUUUAUUACUAUUUGGACAUUAUUUUAGUGGAUAUGGAGACUGUGCGCGAAACAUCACUCAAAUUGAUGCAGAACUGCUGCUGCUAGCAUGCUAACGGCUAACCUAGUUAACCAGGCACUCCGAGCAGUUCUCUAUUUUCUUCAAUAUUAAUAUAAUGCUGCUAAAGUUUUUUUUAUUAACUUCUUUUCAUCAUUCAAGAAAAAUGUUUUAGAACAUGAAAAGCAUGGGCAUUGUCACAUCUAAUUGAAGUGCAACUGAUGCCAUGUAGCCUUUAACCUGUAGGACCUGUAGCCAUGGCUAAUUUGCAGUCCUUGUACCUGGUUAGGAUUUGAGGAAAUAACACACAUAAUACAACAACACUGUAAAAUAGACAUUAACACUGAUUGUUGUGUUAGCAUGCUAAUGUUAGCACACUUUGGGUAGCGCACAGCUUCAUGUUGCACAUAAAUCGACACAGAAUGACCACGAUCUAAAGACACUAUGUGACAUCCAAAUAAUCAGUGAGUAUGUUCUUCUUCUCUAGUCCUUGACUAAAACAGCUUUUUACUCAAGGCCGUCCCGUCCAUGUAAACACGGCCCGACAACAGUACAGCCAGCGGAACUCGAGCUUCUCACUCAUUGUAGACAUUUAUACAGCAUAUAUUUUAUUUCUGUUGUAUUUAUUUGUAAAAUGUUGCACGUUCUUUUAAAAACCAGGCACAAAGAUGAAGAAAGUGUAGAAAUCACAAGGCGUGGGUUGUGAUUUGUUUUUGCAUCGUUGACUGAUUUAAAGAAAGGCGGAUUAUUUAACGAAGAGCUCUGCCUGAUUCUGUGGCUGAUAUCUGAAAACAGUCCCUAACACAUAAUAGAGUCGAGGGGGGAAACCCCUGACUGCUACUCAGAAAUUCACAAGAAAACAGGAGAAGUUCAAAGUAAGUUAAACAGUGAUAUUUUGUUGAAUUUCUUGUGGCUUGUUUAUACUUUACCAUGAUCAUAUGACCGUCUGUUUAUCGCACUUACAGACUUUUUUUUUGUCUCAGUUUAACCACACUCAGAGAAUUCAGCAAUUACCUUGGUGAUUUUAAAUGUUAUUUAACCACUAAACUAAAUAAACUGGAGUUAUCCUUAAAGCUACUUCCUGGUGGAUAAUAAAGCCGUACACAAAGAUACUUGACCAUUAAAUGAAAGAGGGCUUAAUGACUCCCAAUUAUUCUACACUCUAUGUAUGUUCCUAUAUGACUCUAUGUAAAAAAAAUAUAUAUAUCAAAAAGUGUGUACAGACAGGUAUUUUGCAAGUAUGUCAAACUAAUGCAACAUGUACUCUAUUAUCCAGCAACUUCAAAUUGGAGUGUCUGUAUAUCAGUAUAUAUAAUCCUCGCCACCACAAACACCCUAAAUAUGAAAUAUAUGCCAGAUAUAUACAAAUGUUACCCAACACAGUUCCUCUUUUACUCAUCAUAUAGUGGUUCGUCCUCUAGUCGACUUAUAUUCAACUACAGGACCGCCUUCAGAGAAGAUGAGAUUAAACUAUUGUUUCCCGCAAUACAACCACCAGAACACUAAAGAGGAAUGGAAAAUGAAUGCCUGUGAAUUAUUAUUAAGCGAUAUAAAGUCUCUGAUUAUGAUAUUUUCUGAUCCGAUGUUUAAUGCAGUAAAGAAAGAACGUUAUUAAAUAUGUGCAAAGUAGACGACUACGCCGAUGAUGUUGUAGUGUUACAUUGAAACUAAAAAUCUAAAAUUGAAGAUUUUGAGUUAACUUGAUCUUUAACAUUUCAAAUCUGACAGCAGUUAAGUACUUUUUUGUUAAGAAAAGGAAACCAACAAGUGCAUUGUUUGAAGAUUGGUACCUUUUUUUUUUUUUUAACCCCUUCAUCAUCUUUUUCUCACAGCCAAAGGCAACAGAAUAUUUCCUGUUUUGUCAGAAAACAGAGGAUAUAGUUUGUGGUUUUUCAUGAGCCUGUCUUGGAGAGGGAAGAUGCUGUGCUGUGGUAAAAGUUGCCGGGAUGUUGUUAACAACCACAAACUGUUGUCUAUGAGCUGCGACAACGAGUGAACACUCCUGGUAUGAGUUCGUGUGAUGUGUGCAUAUUUAUGCUGCAACACAUCCGUGCAGAAGCUGUGCUGAGGUCCGUUGUGUAAUGGUUAGAAAAGCUACACCAGGUUUUUAAAUUAUUCUUUGCUUUUUGUGUACAUGAGGCUGUAAAAAUCAAACAAAAAAAUCAGAAAUUAUCUCAUCUGUGUUUCCUUUUUUGGGUGUCAUUACAGCAGGCUUACUCUGUUUUUUCGGGCCACAAAGUGAGCAAAUCCAAUCCAGUUAGAGAUUAUUUUAUCAUAAAAUUAUACUCAGUUACUCAGGAGACAAUGACCUGGCCGUUUCAUUUUUCUGUUACUUGUAACGCUCCACUUUCCUACAACUCAUUUUAGUCAGGUUGAUCUCCUGUGUACCAUGAAGCGCACACCGAGACCUCAGCACUAAUUAGCUCUCCACAACACUAAUGAGAGGUAAUGGUCUAAUUGUACUUGGUGGUACAACUCUGCUGGUAUUAAUUACAAGUGCAACCAACAGAGGAAUAUAAAGAGUCACCUUUUCUUUCUCUCUGUCUGUAAAUAUUCCUAUAAAUAAACUGGAACUUGCACUGAAA